CGCUCCAAAAAAAUUCUUCGGUCUUACGUGUCGAUAAAAGUGCAGCCUGCCGUGAUAUGUAACUGUGACGCCGGACAAUUAAAUGCAUUUGUAUCAAUAAUUAUCAAAUGACAAUUUGGUAGAGCAAUCAACUGUCGUGAUUAACUGAGUUCUCUUUCGUUAUUGAGGGUUGGAAAACAAUUUUUGUUGACAAUCCUCGAUGAAUUACACGUGAUUGCGUCAUCCAUAACCUACAUGUCACUGAGUAAUUGGAGUAAUUGUUGUUAAAUAAUUGAAAUGACAAUGACAACUUCGAUAUUGAGGAGUUUAUGCCGGCUGCAGGUCCCGCCGAGAAUAUGUCUCAGUCAGACUCGACAGUACAGUAUCUCAAGGAUACUCAUGCAGGAGGCUAAAGAGCCACCGACAAACAGCACUCUUCCAAAGCCCAAAAUGUGGAAGCUGAAGCAAUCCCCAAUUACUUGGAAGAGCUUCUUCAUUGGUGGAGCCAUUGGCUGUGGAUUUCUGGGUUAUCUGUACUACUUGAAGGAGGAGAAGGAUUUGAUGCUCGAGCGGGAACGCAGGAGGACAAUUGGAAAGGCAAAAAUUGGGGGACGAUUUGAUUUGAUUGAUCCCAAAGGACAGCUUGUUAAGUCUGAGGACUUCUUGGGACAGUGGAUGCUGAUUUACUUUGGGUUCACUCAUUGUCCUGAUAUUUGUCCUGAUGAAAUCGAGAAGAUGGUCCUGACGAUUAAUAAGUUAGAGGAAAAAAACUUCAAAGCGCAACCCGUAUUCAUCUCAGUAGAUCCAACUAGAGACACCCCAGAAGUGGUUGGCAAGUACUGUAAAGAAUUCUCAGAGAAAAUAAUCGGACUCACUGGUAAUGUGGAGCAAGUGGCUGCAGCGUGUAAAGCCUACAGAGUUUAUUUCAGUAAUGGACCCAAAGAUCAAGACGAGGACUAUAUCGUUGACCACACAAUCAUCAUCUAUUUGAUCGAUCCAGACGGUAUGUUCGUAGAUUACUACGGCCAGACAAAUUCUGCAGACCAAAUUGUUGACAGUGUGCUACUGCAUAACGCUAAAUUGCAGAGAUUGAAAGGUGAAGGUAGCUGGCUUCCUACGUUCUCCCUGAAGGGCGCUGAAACAGUUGCAUAAUUAUUUACUCUAAUUGUUGUUUGAUUUGAUACAGGACCAAAAAAAAACUUGAAUUAUC